CGGGCCAUGGUGGGGCAGAGGUUGGGAAGAUGGCGUGGCGAGGCUGGGUGCAGAGAGGCUGGGGUUGUGGCCAGGCGUGUGUUCCGCCGGCGGGCGGCCGCAGCUUCGAGGAGCUGGCCCCGCCGCGGCUGCUCGGACGCAGGUUUGACUUUUUUAUUCAGCAAAAAUGUGGAUUCAGAAAAGCACCCAGGAAGGUUGAACCUCGAAGAUCAGACACAGGAACAAGUGGUGAAGCAUACAAGAGAAGUGCUUUGAUUCCUCCUGUAGAAGAAACAGUCUUUUAUCCUUCUCCCUACCCUAUAAGGACUCUUGUAAAACCUUUGUUUUUUACUGUUGGGUUUACAGGUUGUGCAUUUGGAUCAGCUGCUAUUUGGCAAUAUGAAUCACUGAAAUCUAGGGUCCAGAGUUAUUUUGAUGGCAUAAAAGCUGAUUGGUUGGAUAGUAUAAGACCACAAAAAGAAGGUGACUUCAGAAAGGAGAUUAACAAGUGGUGGAAUAACCUAAGUGAUGGCCAGCGGACUGUGACAGGAAUCAUAGCUGCAAAUGUCUUUGUGUUCUGUUUAUGGAGAGUACCUUCUCUGCAGCGGACAAUGAUCAGAUACUUCACUUCCAAUCCAGCGUCAAAGGUCCUUUGUUCUCCAAUGCUGCUGUCAACAUUCAGUCAUUUCUCCUUAUUUCACAUGGCAGCAAACAUGUAUGUUUUGUGGAGCUUCUCUUCCAGCAUAGUAAACAUUCUGGGUCAAGAGCAGUUCAUGGCAGUGUACUUAUCUGCAGGUGUUAUUUCUAAUUUUGUCAGUUAUGUAUGUAAAGUCGCCACAGGAAGAUAUGGACCAUCACUUGGUGCGUCGGGCGCGAUCAUGACCGUCCUUGCAGCUGUCUGCACUAAGAUCCCAGAUGGGAGGCUCGCCAUUAUCUUCCUUCCAAUGUUCACAUUCACAGCAGGGAAUGCCCUAAAAGCCAUUAUCGCCAUGGAUACAGCAGGAAUGAUCCUAGGAUGGAAAUUUUUUGAUCAUGCAGCGCAUCUCGGGGGAGCUCUCUUUGGAAUAUGGUAUAUUACUUAUGGUCAUGAACUCAUCUGGAAGAACAGGGAGCCUCUAGUGAAAAUUUGGCAUGAAAUGAGAACGAAUGGCCCCAAAAAAGGAGGUGGCGGCUCUAAGUAACUGGAGUUGGUCAGCACCUGCGCAUCUGCUUUGCGCGGCCUGAAACCCCGGAAGCCUCAGCCCCGGAGCGACCUCAUCUUCGCUCCUGCCUGGAAGAUAGCCAGCACCCAGUCUCCCCUGCAUGUCUUUCUCGAAAGUGAAUUAUGACAAAGUUGUGAAAUAAAGGUUUAUAUCUCUAGUUU